AUGGCUCACUGCGAGGGAAAGUGGCUGGAGAAAAACCUGUUGAUAUUUCUCUUUGGAAUCCUUGUGUGGUUUUGCCCGCUAUCCUGCUUGUGCCUCGAUCUCACAGCGUUGGAUCUCCAUGGAAUGCAAGCCAGCCAGAUCUCGGACUACAAUAGUUUUUCAGCCGCAGCUCGAGCAAUUGACGGCAACUUAAAUACAAGCUACGCUGAUGGGUCUUGCUCUAACACUGAUUAUAAUGCCCAUCCCUGGUGGAAGGUGGACCUGGGCGCAAACCACUGCCUCGGUCAUAUCACCCUUGUCAACAGAGGAGAUGAUGGUAAUGAACGAUUGAAUGGUGCGGGGGUAAGGGCAGGCAUACAUAACGAUAUUUUCAACAAUGCCGCGUGUGGGUUACCAGUGACAAGAGACCAGGCAUCGAUCCCUGGGGCACACCUGCAGAUUGUAUGUGACCCUCCGGUGAUUGCCCGGUACGUCAGUGUGGACGACGAUUUCCAUGUGAAUGGAGAAUGGGACAACCUCUUAACACUGUGUGAAGUGAUGGUUGAUGAGUACCCCAUGGAAGACUGCCUUCAAACAACAACUACUGAUAGUGAUAUGUCUACAGCUGCAAUUGCCGUGGACGCGCCGAUCUACAUCACCAGCAAGUCCUCAUUGAUGUUCGUGGAUAAACAAGUAACCAACGCACGCCCUCUGUCGGUUCUUCACAUGAAGUUACCUAUGCAAUGUUUCAUGCGUUGCAAGAUGAAUAACGGGUGUUGGUCUUUCGACUACGUCAUGACUUCUGGUCAGUGCAGGCUCUACGAUAUAAAGGCUGGAGACAUAAAUGCAGAUGAUCAGCCAGGCUGCUUGGUGUAUGCUGUAAUCCGUGGCUAG